GGAGUUCAGCCUUCUUAACUGGAACAUCAGAUUGAACAGUUACUGCUCCCACCAUGCUCAGCAAGCGUCCAGACCUCCUGUGCAUUCAGAUGUCCAUAACCACAUAAUCAGGUUAUGUGAUCAUACUCAGCCACAGUUUAGAUACCUAAACCGGUGAUGGUUGAUCACCUUUAGAAUGGCAGUCAGUUUGUGCUCAAUGACACCACUUCCUUUCCUUGUUAUGCUCCUGCUCACCAUUUUACGUAUGCUCCAUUUUGUCCUUGUUACAGAUGAAGAAACUAUUCUACUGGCCAAAACAGCUCAAGAUGUCUUCUGCUUUUCUCGAACCUUUGAGGAUCUCACCUGUUUCUGGGAUGAGCCAACACAUGUGAAAGGAACCUAUCGAUUCUUCUAUACCUAUGAAGGAGACAAAAGCCAAGAAUGUGCUCUAAUCUCUAUGAAAAAUACAGAUGGAAGUUGGCGCCACAUCUGCACAUUUCCCGAAAACAAUUAUGGCAUUCAGCUCUUUAUUGAACUCAAUGUUGAAGUGUUGGAUAGUGUUAGUAAUCACACCAUAUUCUCACAGUAUCUCAGAGUGAACACUGUCGGUCUCAUUGCUCCGCCAACAAAUGUAACAGUUGAGUGGCCAGGGAUUGCCCAACAGUUGCUUGUAAAUUGGAUGCCUCCAUCUAUCAGCUACACAGACUUCCUGAUUUAUGAAGUUCUUUAUGGUGUUGAGGAUUCCAUUCAGUCACCAUUCAGGAUUGAAGUGAAAAACAGCUAUAUGUGCCAGCUCAAGAAUCUACUUCCAGGACAGCAAUACCACAUCCAAGUUCGCUCCAAACCUGAUGGCCUCUCUCUUGAUGGCAUCUGGGGACCCUGGUCUCCAGCAGUGACAGCAGAAACACCCCACCUUCCUGAGGCAAUUGGUCUGCACUGCUUCACUCCAGAUUUGUAUCAAUUGCACUGCCAGUGGAACAAGAAGCUCCUGAGAUCUGGCCCUUUUCACAGCCUCUUGUACUGGAUGGAAAGCAACAGCAGCAGCACAAGAGGGCAAAUCUGGCACAAAUGUAAGAAGGAAGACCCUGCAUCCUGCACAUGCACCUUCCAGCCUAGCAACACUCAGUACCUUUCUAUCCUGGUGACUAUCAGCCAGAGUGAGCAAGAGGUCAGCUACUUUGAAGAGCCAUUCAAACUGUACCAUGUGGUGCACACGGCUCCCCCAAGAAUCCUGGAGGCUUCAAUAGACAGAAAUAUACUAAGACUGGAGUGGGCCUCCCCACUAGAAGAAUUAGCUGAGCACAUGGUAUAUCAGAUACGGUAUACGGUGCAGGACACCUUGAAAUGGAAGAUUCUACAGGUGCAGUACUCAAACACCAGUGAAAUUCAUCUGGCCACCCAGGAUCGCUACUGCCUUCAGCUGCGUACCCAGCCAGAUGGCCAAAGGUUCCGUGGGGACUGGAGCACCUGGUCAGAAUUAGUGUGUGUUGAAGUCCCACCUGGUGCAGAUUCAGUGAUUAUGAUCGUGGCCAUUGUACUCUUGCUGUGUGCAGGACUUGUGCUGGGACUGGGCUUCACCUGCCUCUCCAACUACAGUAGUGUGAAACAAAAGCUUUGGCCACGCAUUCCAGACCUACAUCAUGUCCUAGAUGGAUUCUUUAAGGAUAAUGACAAACAGCAGCAGCAGCAGGUAAACGCUUUAUUUUGCAACAAAAUGUUGGAGGAUGUGCCGUUGACUUGCUUGUUGGAAGUACUAUCUGAGAAACCCCUGGAAACACCCAGCUUUGACCCUUUGCUAGAUACGAGUUCAGCGGAACAGACAGAAUGGGGCAGCCAGCCUUCUUACCACCAGCACUACAUGGUACUGAGUUCUAACAAUCCGCAAAGCAGCCACCAUGAAAAUGAAUACUUUGAUGACACAAAUGAUAAUGGAAAUGCUUUCCCACAGUCCUUGGAACAUGAUCUACAUGUAACAUCAGAGCCAAUGACCCAAAUAACUCCCUUUACCUUGUUGAACAUACCAUCAGAGAUUAAAGAAGAAAGAAGGCAGGAAAUUUCUGAUGACCAAACCACAUCUGUCACUGACAUUUCAAACCAGACAUAUUUGCUAAUGGGCUGAUUGGGUCUAUCAUUGGAGGAUAGCACUAUGAGACGUUAUUAGGCUCUGUGGAAGUUUGUAAUACAAUACAAUUUUCAAUUAUAAGGCAGCUGUUUAGCCAGUAUCUUCAAAUCUGUUUCUUAUGGACCAACUGAAAUUAGCAGCUGAUUGUACUAGAGCAGAUUGGGCAAUUUUUCAUGGCCUAAAGCUACCUUGAAUUUUUGGAAUGAUGGAAUGGAAUGAGGUAAUGGUGGAAAGUGACUAGAACUGUACUUACACAGGACUCAUUUUGGUUUGAAAGGGAAAAAAAAUUACACUACAAUGUAUCUGUGUUUCUCAUUUCAGAAUGGCAGGCAAUCAUACUGCCAAAUUCUGGUACUGAUGGCCAAAGGGUACUUUGGUUGCUGCAAAAGGAUUUGAGGAUCUGUGGCCUCAAAUUACCAACCCAGGCAUUAGAUUGUGAGGUAGAGUUGAAUAUGGAACUUUAUCCCAAGACAUAUCAGCAUUGCAUCUUGUAACCACAGAUCUCCAAAAGCAAAGUGAUUCUUACGCAGCUGAUUUGUAUGUCAGCUAAAAAAAAAGCAAGAUUUAAAUACUUUUUCCAUUUUGAAGAAAUAUGCAAAGUAUGUUUUAUGGAAAUGAUGAAAGGAUUGUAGUAAUACAACUGCUUAGCAUAAGCAGAAAUAGAGCUAAAUAGAAAAUGUACCAUGCUGAGCACAAAAAUACAAUUUGUGAGACACCACUCUAUGUUAGGUCACUGUAAUAUCAGAUAUAUUUCACUGAUUUUAAAUAUGGCACACAUUACUACUGACUUGUACAGAUUAGGAUUCGCUGUUACUAUUUGCAUUGCCAUGGUUGCUUGUAAACAAAUGUAAUGUUAUUUGAAUAAUGCAAUUGCUGUAAUUCAUGGUAGUUAAAUGAACUUUUUUUUUCAUGAAGAUCAAAUGUAGGUAUUCACACAGCACUGAUUUACUAGUUUGUAGUGUCAUAAAAGCACUUCUUACCAUCUCCAGAGAGGUUUCACCAACCUUUUAAAAUCCAUUUUGCUUUAAAAGUGGAAAAUGAUGACCCAAUAUUUAAUGGAAUCAUACAUGGAGUAAAGGAUAAGUAAAUUCUGUCCUGGCUUACUCUAGCCAGGACAAGAGGUACUUCUGUUCUGAUGCUUCCUUGUAGCAAGCAAAUUAAGUGCAUGAUAUGUAUAAUACAGCAAUUAAUGGCACAGAUUCCUGGGCUCCUCAGAAGUGCUUUGGGUCAAACUAACAUAAAGCCUCAGAGGGCCUUACAUAAGCUCUACUGCUGUUAGAAAGUCCACAGAAAGGACCAAAGCAAAGGGUGUUUUUGAAUGAAGCAAAUGGGACAGCUGAAUCAGUGUUGUAGCCAAUGGGAUGAAUACAGCCACCUGCCACAUAUGUGAAGAAAGCAAAACUGUUUUGACAGGGAAAAAUACAAAUGGCAGCUAUUUGAAGGUGUCACUUUUAUAUCGCUUUUAUAAUAAAAUGUCAGCUAGAGAAUUGGAGAUGCCAAUUCCAAUGCCAAGUUGAAGAUGUUAUAUUGAAUAUAAAUGUACUCUCUGGUCGCUUGGAGGAGAGGUUGAAGUGAGGAAAGAAAAGAAACUGGGAUCUGAGACUGCAUACUGCAAUUACUUCCCAUUUUCCUUGUAUAAAAAUAUAUUCUGUUAGAACAAUGGCAAUUAUAUCUGGUGUAAUAACAAAUAAACCAUAUUUCUCCA